AGCAGCGCGAGCGCCGCAGGUCAUCUUGAACGUUCCAAAUACCUACCAUUACCUGAUGCUGCUGAUAAAGUCAGCAUGGCUUUAAACUCAGGAUCACCACCAGGUGUUGGACCUUACUACGAAAACCAUGGAUACCAACCGGAAAGCCUCUAUCCCCGGCCGCCCCCGGUGGCCCCUGGUUACGGAGCGUAUCCGGCUCAGCACUACCCGCCCUCGGUACCCCAGUACUCCACAACGGUUCCGACUCGGGCUUCGACACACGUCGUCCACAGGCAGUCCAAAUCCCCAUCGGGGACAGUAUGCACCUCAAAGACUAAGAAAGCAGUGUGCGUGACCAUCACCCUGGGGGUCCUCGUCACGGCAGUAGUGGUGGCCGCCAUCCUGCUCUGGAAGUUUUUGGAGCACAAGUGCUUGAGGUCCGGGAUCGAGUGCGGCUCCUCGGGAACCUGCAUCAACUCCUCCCAGUGGUGCGAUGGGGUCCUGCACUGCCCCAAUGGGGAGGACGAGAACCGGUGCGUUCGCCUCUACGGACCAAACUUCAUCCUCCAGGUGUACUCGUCUGAGAGGAACUCCUGGCACCCCGUGUGUCGAGACGACUGGAGUGACAGCUACGGGAGGGCCGCCUGCCAGGACAUGGGCUAUGGGAAUAGUUUUUAUUCCAGCCAAGGAGUGGUGGACGACAGCAGGGCCACAAGCUUUAUGAAGGUGAACACAAGUGCCAACAGUAUGGAUUUCUAUAAAAAACUGUACCACAGUGAUGUCUGUUCUUCAAAAACAGUGGUUUCUUUACGCUGUAUAGAGUGCGGGGUCUCCUCGAAGAGCCACCAGAGCCGGAUCGUGGGUGGGAACAACGCCGCCCAGGGAGAGUGGCCCUGGCAGGUCAGCCUGCACAUCCAGGGCGUCCACGUCUGCGGAGGCUCCAUCAUCACCGCCGAGUGGAUCGUGACUGCCGCCCACUGCGUGGAGGACCCGCUUAACAACCCGCGGUAUUGGACCGCCUUUGCAGGCAUUUUGAGCCAAUCUUUCAUGGUCUAUGGUGAUGGAUACAGAAUAGAAAAGGUGAUUUCUCAUCCAGAUUAUGACUCCAACACCAAGAACAAUGACAUCGCUCUUAUGAAGCUGCAGACACCUCUGACUUUUAACGACAGAGUGAAACCAGUGUGUCUGCCCAACCCGGGCAUGAUGCUGGAGCCGACACAGUCCUGCUGGAUUUCCGGGUGGGGCGCCACCUACGAGAAAGGGAAAACCUCGGACAUGCUGAACGCCGCCAUGGUGCCCCUGAUUGAGCCCUCGGAAUGUAACAACAUAUAUGUCUACAAUGGCCUGAUCACAUCCACCAUGAUCUGUGCAGGCUAUCUGAAGGGAGGCAUCGAUUCCUGCCAGGGUGACAGUGGAGGUCCUCUGGUAACGUUGAAGAGCAGCAUCUGGUGGCUGAUUGGGGACACAAGCUGGGGAUCUGGAUGUGCCAAGGUUAACAGACCAGGAGUGUACGGAAACGUGACAGUAUUCACAGACUGGAUUUACCAACAGAUGAGGGCUAACAGCUAACCCAUAUGGCCUUUGUCCUUGAUGCUGUUCCACAAGAAAAUGAAGGGGCUGGUUUUUAAUUCCCUGUGCAUAAUGUAUUUUUAGCAAUGAUUCAAAGAUCGUCUCAUUUUUAUUAAAUAGUGAACCUAUCUGUCCUUGGCCCUCCCCACAGUUCUGUGCAGGCCACAGUGGCUCCUCCCCAGGCCACACUCCCUGACUCCUUGUCUGAAAGGAGUGACCGGCUGGGCUGGGUGUGGCAUCCAGGGCCCAUGCAGAGCAGAGGGAUGCAGUCUGCCCCGGGGGAUCUUCCUUCUGAGCCUAUCCUGGGGGCUAUUUUUGGAUGCUCAUAGGGAUGGUGGCUUCUCAGCUGCUGGACGGCUUGAGAUGGAAAGAGAGAGGCCAGAUGGGACCUGCAGGGCCCCCGGGCAGCCCCAGGGCCUGUUUCUCCUCAAGGGUUUUCGCUGAUCCUUUUUACUACCUUCUUAGCAGCCCUGAUGGUGGCUGGAAAUAAAGGGACCAGCCUUUUAUGGGUGAUGACUUGAUAGUCACUUGUAAGGACAUCUCAAACCUCUUUUUCUUCUUGUGGGUUGAGAGUGUACACGGAGCCCUGGGAGCAGAGGAAGCCACUGCUGCCGUGCUCACCCCUGUGCACGGCUGGGUCAGGUGGCCACUGCGCGUUGGAUGGGGCUCCGCCCAGGGAGACCCAGUCUUACUCCCCGCUCUCCUCCCGCCCCUCUUCCCGCCUUCUUGGAGAUUGUGCACACCCCCAUGGUCCUCGCAAGGGGACCUCCUAGUCACCUGGGAAUUGAGAUGGCCUGGGGAAAUCAAGGAUGUGGGCUUGACGAUACACUGUUUCCUGUCAUGUUUCUACAAGUUACUACCUCAGUGCUCCUGGGAGCUCGGCUGCGCUACCCCUAAGUCGUUCUGCAUUUGGCUCUGAAACUCUUGCUCUCCUUGCCGAGUGGAAGCAGUGGCUGACUUGAGCUCUACAAAGCGACUGGCUCCCAGUUGAAUGUUCUGUAAACGAGAAUGGCACCCGUGCUUGCGACGGAGAAGAGAGGUGUAUUUUGGACUCCCUGUGGCCCCUUCCAGCCCCUCAGGUUUCGCCCGGAGGGGAGGACCACGCUCGAAUUGCCAAGAGUGAAGCGUCAGUGCUUCUGCUGUGAGGUCUGCUUGCCCCGAGGCCCCGCCUCUUCUCAAACACACGGGUUUCCAACAAUGAAAUGAAUGAUUCUACCGCUGGGACCUCGACUUGAAAUGGGAGGUGGUCCAGUCCCUUCACAGGAUGCUCUCACUCCACCUGCCUCCGUGGCAGCUGCAUCCCUGAGGGCCCUCCACGGCACUGCCAGAUGCCCACUCCCAGAGCCGGAUCUUAAAAAGCGUUGUCACGGCGAGACUGUGUUCCUUCUUCAGAGCUUCUUUUUAUUUAUGUGACCACCGUGCGUCUUCUGUUUUGUAUCUUUUAUAAACUGUAAAAUUCAAUUGUGAAAUAUUGUACAAAUAAAUUAUGCAUUUUUUUUUUUCAAAAUGUUGAUGGAGUCUUUGGAGAGCUGCAUGGAGAGCAGAACCAGUCUGCAUUUCCCUGCAGAGUGGUGAUGUUGGGGCAGCUGCUGUGUGGCUGAGGCAGGGGCAAGGG